UCAUCAAAUCAUAGCAAUACACAUUACAUUCUACGUCUUCAAAUCCAACUGUAGUCAUGGCAUGCCUUGCAUUUAUUCAUCUCAAGAGCAUAGUCUUUCUUCUCUUCAUAUCACUUGUUUUCCCUUUCACAUUAUCUCGAACCCUUGUGGAGGUAGAAACCCCAGCCUUAUCACCUGAGCUAGAAAUCCCGGAGACGGCGGCUGAGGAGCCGGCUCCGGUUUCCAACGGUGACAUCCACCACCCACUAUCAUUUUUCAUGCAUGACAUCCUCGGCGGCUCCAACCCGACAGCUCGGGCCGUGACCGGAGUCGUGACGAACCCGGCUCUGAAUGCGCAAGUCGCCUUCGCCAAGCCCAACGGCGCAAACAUUCCUCUCAACGCCGGCCUCCCUCAGAACAACGAGAACGGCGGAUUCCUCAAUAACAACAACAUCCCAUUCCUCACCGGCCUAAGCGGCAACACCGGAAAUGUGAUUAACAACAACAACCGAAACUUCUUCGGCAACAACAACGGCGGAGCCGGAGCUGGAUUUUCGGUUACGAAUGUGAACAACGUCCCCGCCGGAAUGACGCUGCAGAAGCUGAUGUUCGGGACGAUGACUGUGUUUGACGAUGAGUUAACAGAAGGGCACGAGAUGGGAUCAGGUAUGGUGGGUAAAGCUCAAGGGUUUUACAUAGCAAGUGCCGUGGACGGAACCAGUCAGGUGUUGGGUUUCACGGCCAUGUUUGAAGAGAAUGGUUAUGGCAAUAGCAUAAGCUUGUUCGGAGUUCACAGAACUCAGGUGUCGGAGUCUCAUCUCGCCGUGAUGGGAGGGACGGGGAAGUAUCUGAAUGCUAAAGGGUAUGCCAUAGUGAAGACAUUUCCGGUGACCGGCGAUCUGCAACAUAAUGAUGGAGUGGAGACUCUGCUUCAGGUUACAGUGUAUCUUGUGUAAUAAGUUUUUUUUUUU